AUGCAGGUUAUGCGGCCUCAAAAGCGACUGGCCUUCUUGUGGAUCGUCAAGAGUGAACACGAAUCAGCGACGUCAUGCUACCAUGAAUGCUACUCAAACUUUCCCUCUGCUCCUUGUGUUCUUCGCAAAGGGGACAUCGCGGUGGGGCGGCACGACCCCAAUCAAAUCAAGGCUAGUAUUGCAAUCCUGACUACGAAGCGUUGUGCCGUGUAUCUCUACAAGUUGCUGGUUUUCUUCCCUGUCGUCCCACACGCAAGUGUAGAAAAAACGAAAGAACAUGGAAAAGACCAGGAAACGAUACCAACAGUGGCGUAUUGUGAUACUGCGCUGAUUUGA